AUGGAAAACCAAAUUAAAGGUUUUGAAAGAAAAAAAAUGGAGAUAUCACGACGUAAUGGUUUUACUGAAGAUGUCCGUGUUGGUUGGUAUGCUAAACUUGAUUUAAUUCUUCGAACAAAUAAUCUGAAAACCCGACCACAUGCCAUUUUCAAUUGUGAUGAAAGCGGUUUCAGUGAUGAGAGUGCUGGGGAAAUGGUGAUUGUGUCUCAUGAAACAAAAGAAGCUUAUGAACAAUCUGGUGGUAGUGGAAAGUGUUUUACAACCAGUUUAAUGUGUAGUAAUGCAGCAGGUGAAAUAUUGCCUCCUUUUAGUAUAUAUUCAGCAAAAAGCUUGAAUCCACAAUGGACUUUUGGUGGACCACCUGGUUCUUUAUAUGCUGUAUCUGAAUCUGGAUGGAUUAAUGGACAUUUAUAUGUUGAAUGGUUUAAAUGUGUUGCUAAGCAAGUAUGGAAAAAUUUAGUGGGUAAAUACUUCUCACGAACUGAUCGAAGAACAAUUCGUAAAAUUGAUUUACCUGGUCUUUUUACUAAAUUGUAUCAAUCAGCAUUUGCAUCUAAACAAGUACUUGCUGGUUUUGCACGGACUGGAGUAUGGCCAUUUAAUCCCGAUGCCAAUAAAGACAAAGUAGUAAAGCAACCAUUGACAGGAAAACAACUCAAUCCAUUACCACAGACAACAAAUUCAACAAAUCUUUCGACAUCGUCAACACAGUCUUUUCUUACUAAUAACAAUACUACUCCUAUUACUAUAUCUUCCAUUUCAUCAUCAUCAUCUUCCGGUUUAAAUGAUUCAAAUGUAUCAACGAUAGUAAUGGAUAUCGAUAAUAGUGAUGACGAUGAAUUAAAUCGUUUAUUAAAUGAAAUUAUUUCAAGUAAUGCACCAGCAACUGCACCAGAAAAUUAUUCAUCAUCUACAACCAUGACUUCUUCAUUUACUCACAAAAUAAACUUUGAUCAACAAUUAACUACAAAUCAAAAUAUGAGUACAUUACGUUCAUCGUUCUUAAAUCCAUCUUAUUCAUUUCGAUUUCCAUCAUUUGUAUCUGAUGUAAGUAUGAAUACAAAUUCAUCAAAUCAAUUUGAGUCGUCAGCUGAUAAAUCAAAUAAUACAAUUUUACCUGUCGAUACAAAUUCAUCAAUCAAACAAACUCGUCAAUCAACUGAAAGUAUAUCACCGCUACUGACAAGUGAAAUUGAUUUAAAUGAAGUUGAUGAUGGACAAAAAAUUAUUGGUUUUGAUCCACGUACUUUACCAACAACAGAUCGACAAAAUUCAUUUAAUUUGAAACAACAUCCAAAACAACGUAUGUCAUUGAUUGAGUUUGAAAUAGAUGAUGAUGAAGAAAAUCGAAUGGAUGGUAAAUUAAUUCCGGUUCAUAUACCAAAUACUGUACGUCCAUCACAAACAUCAAAGUUUAGUCAAGUGAAUAUUGGCGAACAAAUUGUUAAUCCAUUACCAUCAAAUCAAAUGAGUCCAUCUACUGCUGUUCGUUCAAUACUUGUCGAUUUACUUCAACAAUAUACUCCAAGUUCAUCUUCACUUCCAAAAACACAUAAACGAAAAAGAAUAGAAGGAAUAUAUGGUGAAGAAAUUACAUCAAGUGGUAGAUUAGAUGAAUUAAAACAAAAAAAAUNUACGAAACUUUGUUCAAUUUCAACUUCCACAAAAAGUAUGGCACGAAACCUCUUCUUUUUCAAAACCUCAUAA